GAAAAAUGUCAACAAACAUGGAGAAUAAUAGUGUAAACUCCAACUGCAACAUGAAUGAGAACAGAAAGAUAAAAUGAAUUAAAAUAUCUGUGUACAGAGUGGGAAAAGGCAGAAACAAAGUAAUAGGAGCAGAAACAGAAUGGAGUCAACGCGAGAAUUGGAGACAGAGAAAAGCGAUUCAGAAGAAGCAGUGAGAGGUAAAGGAACAUGGAAGCAAGCAGCUUUCCAUGUUGCAACCACCAUUGCCACCCCUGCUGCUUAUGCCCCUUUGCCCUUUGCUAUUGCUUCUCUCGGUUGGCCUCUUGGUGUGAGUAGUCUGGUGAGUGCAACACUAGCCACCUGGUACUCUAGCUUUUUGAUCGCUUCUCUGUGGAAAUGGAACGGGGAGAAGCACUUUACCUACAGACAUCUGGCACAUAGUAUUUUCGGAUUGUGGGGGUACUGGUCUAUUGCCAUUUUUCAGCAGGUAGCUUCUCUGGGAAAUAACAUUGCCAUUCAAAUUGCAGCUGGCAGCAGCCUUAAGCAUUUUAUUAUUUUCUUUGGAAUCUUUGAACUACUUCUCUCCCAGCUCCCGGAUAUUCACUCACUGAGAUGGGUAAAUGCACUCUGUACUUUCAGCACAAUAGGCUUUGCUGGUACAACCAUUGGUGUUACCAUUUACAAUGGGAAGAAGAUUGAUAGGACUUCAGUAAGUUAUAGUUUGCACGGUAGCUCUGCUUCUAAGUUCUUCAAAGCCUUCAAUGCGCUUGGGACCAUUGCCUUUUCAUUUGGUGAUGCAAUGCUUCCAGAAAUACAGAAUACGGUGAGAGAGCCUGCUGAGAGGAAUAUGUACAAAAGCAUAUCAGCAGCAUAUACUGUCAUUGUAUUGACUUACUGGCAAUUGGCCUUCUCUGGAUACUGGGCAUUUGGAUCAGAAGUCCAACCUUAUAUUUUAGCUUCACUGUCUAUUCCAAAAUGGACUGUUGUUAUGGCAAAUUUGUUUGCAGCAAUUCAAAUAUGUGGAUGCUUUCAGAUAUACUGCAGGCCAACAUAUGCCUAUUUUGAGGAAGGAACAGGAUUCAAGUCUAACAAACGUACGAGCUAUUUUCCCUUCAGAAAUCGGCUGACACGACUUAUUUUUACUUCCAUAUACAUGGUUCUUGUUACUCUUAUUGCUGCCGCAAUGCCCUUCUUUGGAGAUUUUGUGUCCAUCUGUGGGGCAAUUGGGUUUACUCCUUUGGACUUUGUGUUCCCUGCUUUAGCAUACCUUAAGGCUGGAAAAACGCCCAAUAACUCCAAACUUGGCCCUUUCCUGCGACCAUUAAAUAUUUUAAUAGCUACCUGGUUUUCAUUAGUUGCUAUCUUGGGUUGCAUUGGUGCAGUCAGAUUCAUAGUGGAAGAUAUCAAGACCUACAAGUUCUUCCAUGAUAUGUGAGGAUUUUGGACUAAGUUGUACAUUUAUCAUACAUUUUUUUCCCAAAUCAGCAGCUUCAUAGUCUUGAUCCCGCUAUAAAUAUUAAGAAACAUCAUGGUUGGUGAUAAUUUCAUUAUACAAUAUACCACUAUGCAUUUAGGUAGUGAUCAAUUUCUUGUUAGAGAAGGCA